CAUUGUGAUGUAGCAAUUGUCAGGUGGACAGGGGGUCUAUUUUAGCGAGCCAUUCACAUGAGACUUUGAAUACGUAAAUCUUUCACUAAUAACCAUAAAGUGCUUUUUCUUUUCCUGACUCACCACUGGUGCUGCUCUCUCUGAUUUCCUCACAUUUUCAAGAGGUACCAUAAGCUACAACCAUGUCUGAGGGUCCGAGAAAGCCAAAAUAUUCAGCAACCCGCCGACUGCAUUUGAAGUCCAAACUACUGAAGAAGGCAGCGUCUAUGCUGGUGGCUGAAAGUGAAGCGAAGAAACAAGAGAAAGAAAGAGUUGUGAACGAGUGCUUCCCUCCUCUGAAGCUGUCAGGUCUGUCAGUCCAGGAGCUGCAGGAUCUUUGUAGAGAACUACAUCGCAAGAUUGAUGUUGUAGAUGAAGCACGUUAUGAUAUGGAGGUGAAGGUAGCCAAAAAUGAGAAAGAGAUCCAGUCGCUGAAUCAGAAGAUCAUUGAGCUGAAGGGGUUGAAGCGGCCUAACUUGAAGAGGGUGAAGAAAACAGCAGACGAUAUGCUGGGCGCAUACACUGACACCUCCAAACUCAUGAAGGCUGAUUUCAAGGCCAACCUCAAGACAGUGAAGAAAGAAGAAGAAAAGAGGGAAGAAGUGACUGACUGGCGUAAGAAUGUGGAGGCCAUGUCUGGUAUGGAGGGCAGGAAGAAACUCUUUGAUGCAGGACAAUAAGCGGGUGCUCGUGUUAGACAAGAAUCACUGUCCAAAUACAAGAGGGUUUCCAUUACAGGAUGAAACAAAACUAGCUUUGUAAAGAAUGAUGUCAACCAUUGGCACUAAAUUAAUUCACUGUUUAGAUUAUACUGUAUCAAAAUAGCUGUAAUCUUGAUUUAAUGUAAACUUGUAUGUAAAGACCACCACAUUGCAUAUUGAAAUUGUGCUAAAGAAAAGGCUAAUUAAAUUUAUUAGUUGGUCUUUUAAAGUGCAGUAUUUAUAUUAUACAGAUGAUGGCACUGUCGCACUGUAAUACAUGUGAUACUGAUUAAACGACCACGA